AUGGCGGGAGAGACGGGGUCUGUGUGUGUGAAGACCAGCGCUGAGCAAGAGCCUAAAGUCAACAGAUGCCCAGUGUCGCGGAGCAGCGGUCGGCGGGUACGAACCACAUUCACCUCAGCCCAACUAGAGGUGCUAGAGAAGACCUUCCAGGAGAGCCAAUACCCUGACAUAUAUACCAGAGAACUACUGGCUUCCCAAACACAGUUGUCAGAGGUACGAGUACAGAUAUGGUUCCAGAACCGCCGGGCCAAGUGUAGGAAGACUGGAGCUCUGGGAAAGAGCAGAGGAUUGGUCGAACUCUCAGACACCGACCAACAGCCUGAGAGGAUGGUGCCGCUUCCUCCCCUGAUUGGAUCCCUCCAAACUAGGCCACACCCACUACAGCACAGGCUCUUCCUCUACAAGCUAUCCUACCAUCCCAUUGGUGUUUACCAGCACUUCCUGCCCAAGCUCCACCCUGCCCUGGUACCCUACUCGGAGCCCUACCUGCUUCCCCUGCCAGCCCAGCCCUGGUUGACCCCAAUGAAACAUGCCAUACCUGGACACACACUCAGCUGACAGACACACAAAAACCACACACCGGAUGUCUUGUAUGUCAAGUAUGUCUGUCCCUGUACAUAUGUUUUCUGUACAUA